AUGUUUACGAGCUCUAAUAUUACAUGGAAACCAACUUGCCACUAUGGAGAUUUGGCUAUUCUUAGCAGGGAACAAGGUAACCUGGGUGUGGGUUUUUUGAAUUGGUUUAUAAGGAAGCUCAAGAUGACAAAUGGAAAAUCAGGCACGGUGGUUCUGGCGGAGUUCAGUGCCGUCACCGGCAACACAGGCGCCGUCGCUCGUCGGUUACUCGAGAAGCUUCCUACCGAAUCGGAUUCCAGACUUUGCUUCUCUCAAGAUAGAUAUAUCUUCCACAUACUCCGAUCCGAUGGCCUCGCGUACCUUUGUAUGGCCAACGACACCUUCGGAAAUCUUCGGGAUGACAAGCAGUUCUUUGUUGACCAUCCUGGUGCUGUGCCCAUUACCACUGCUCAGAAUGUGAAAGCAGUCUUUGAUGCAGCCAUAAGAGUUGUCCUUCAACCACCAAAGCAAAAGAAAAAGAAGAGUAAAGCACAAAAGGCCUGUUCGAUAUUGUGA